AUGCAAGACGACCAGUGGACAAACGCCAUUUCCGCUGCCGGCGAGAUCGUGGACGAGGCCAAAGCCGCCCGGGACCACCUCGAGGCGGCACUCAAGCAUGCCGACGCGGGCCACGAACAGGCCCGUACGCACUUGCAGGAGCUGUGGAGGGCCCGCCGCCUCGGCCUUGCCGCAGACGAGGCUCACCCCGCCGAGGACGCCCCAACCGAUGAGCCUCACGGCCAAGGUGGUGAAGUGGCCAAUAGCGGAGGGGGGGUGGGCGGGAGCGGUCUCUGUCAUGGGCACCGGGGGACUCCCGCAAUUUUGGCAUACCUUCCCCCCGAGUCGAACGACGCGGCCGCCGACCCGAACAUCAAGGUCCCCGAGCUCGGCGAGCUGCGCAAGCACCUUCAGGACAUUGAGGACACGGUCGUGCACCUCACGGAGGCGUGCGAGCAAGCCCGCCUUCUCUGCUUCGCUCUCGACGAGGAAAUGGCCCGCCGCAACUCGUAG